UUUGAUUAGAUUUGACAUACAUGUACAUCGUGUUUAUUCACGGGUGUGUUAUUCCUCCGUAGAAGUCAUGUAAUAGUUAAUGAAAAGUGACACUCUAUGUAUUAUUCGAAACAAUUUUUGAUCAGACUUCGUGACAGAAUUAUUCGGGUUAGGACAUGACGGUGCAUAAAUAAGUUGGGAUCGAGGUGCAGUUAAAGUUGACAUUCGGUAUAUGGGGUAAAAGUACGUGAUAAAGUUUUAAAGUGUUGGCACUGCUGUAUGCAAAUAUGACGGAAGAAAAAGCAGUGACAGUUUUCAGAGAUUAUUUGCGGAUAAAAACCGUGCACCCAGUACCUGCAUAUGAUGAAGUUGUUGAGUUUCUGAAGAAUCUAGCCCAGGAGGUGGGAAUUCAGUGCAGCACAGUUGAGGUACAUCCUGGACGGAUGGUAGUGGUGAUGACUAUCCCCGGCUCUGAUCCCUCCCUGCCGUCCAUAAUGCUGAACUCCCACACUGAUGUGGUCCCAGUGUUCGAGGACCAGUGGAUAUGUGAUCCAUUUGAAGCUAAGAAGAUGGAAAAUGGUGACAUCUAUGCGAGAGGAACUCAGGACAUGAAAAGCGUUGGUAUCCAGUAUAUUGAAGCUAUCAGGAAGUUAAAGAAGGAGAACAAAGCAAACUUCCUCCGGACGGUUCAUAUCACAUGGAUCCCAGAUGAGGAAAUUGGAGGCAAAUUAGGAAUGGCCAAGUUUGUACAACAUGAGGAAUUCAAGAAACUGAAUGUUGGCUUUGCUUUGGAUGAAGGUUUGGCCAAUCCUACUGAAGCCUUCACUGUGUUCAACGGAGAAAGAACAGUGUGGUGGGUGCGAGUUAAAUGUCCAGGGAAACCAGGUCAUGGGUCAAGGUUCAUAGAGGACAAUGCAGCAGAAAAAGUGAGGAGAGUGAUCAACAGCUUCCUGUCGUUCAGGGAUGAGCAAGAAAAGAAGUUAAAAACAAAAGGUUGUUUACGACUCGGUGAUGUAACAACAGUCAACUUGACCAACCUUAAGGGAGGAGUAGACGGUUCCCUCAAUGUCGUUCCAUCAGAGAUGUUUUUAGGAUUUGACAUCAGAAUUUCACCGACGGAGAAGCUGGAAGACUUUGAGGCGAUGAUGAAGAAUUGGAUGAAAGAGGCGGGAGAAGAUGUUACUUACGAGUUUUUGCAGUACAAUCCCAUGCAGGGCAUGACAUCCACAGAUCAAAGCUCUCCAUGGUGGAGCACCUUCAGCUCCGUGUUUGAAAAACUAAACUUCAAGAUAGAGAUUGAGAUAUUUCCUGCCGCCACAGACAUAAGAUAUCUCAGAGAGAUUGGAAUUCCUGCUCUUGGAUUUUCACCCAUGAACAAAACCCCAAUAUUGUUGCAUGACCACAAUGAGUUCCUCAACGAGAAAGUUUUCCUGAAGGGAGUAGACGUGUAUUGUGAGCUUAUCCCAGCUUUGGCCAACGUACCUAGGAAGUAAAUUUAUAUGAUGUCAUCAAGAACGUCAUAAGAUGUAAAAUUACUGUGGUGUCAUCAAGGUGUCAAAUUAUUUGGAUGUGAUUGAGAAAUGAAAUUAUUGUGAUAUCAAUAAGGUGUCAAAAUAUCCUGAUGUGAUUGAAAAGUAAAAUUAUUGUGAUGUCAUCAGCAUGUCAGAUUAUUGGGAUGUGAUUAGGAAAGAGAAUUAUUGUGGUAUCAUCAAAAUUCCAAAUUAUCCUAAUAUGAUUGAGAAGGAAAAUUAUUUUGAUAUCAAGAUCUCAAAUUAUCCUGAUGUACUCGAGAAAUAAAAUUAUUGUGAUAUUAUCAAGAUAUCAAAUUAUCAAGGAAGCAAAAAAAUUGGACAAACAUGUAUUGAAGAGAUACAAUAUUUGAUUAUUACAUCUGAUGCUGAUUUUGUGUAUCAGGAGUUUUUUACUGUCUCCUAAUAUGUAGUCCAAGUUUUAAAAUGAUAUUUGUGAUGAUUAAAAGUUGAUUGGUUUAAUUGUGAUAGAAAGCAAGCAAGUUUCGAGUUAUGUGUUAGAGGUGCAUUAAAUUUAGUGAACACGUGAAUGGCAGAGAGCAAUAUGUUCAGCAAGGAAGAUGGGAAGAAAUAUGAAAGGUGCUUCUGUUACCGUUACAACAUUAGAAAUUUAAAAACAACCUAGGUAUAAAAUAUUUGAAACAAAUUUUGCUGUUAAGGGGGUUACUCUACAGUGUCAUAAUGGUUGACUUCCUUUUAAAACAUGAAUGAAAAUAUAAGUAUCAGUAAUAUUUGUCUUUUCCUUUUGUAGUUCAUUGUCUAGGUGAGUAGCUAAGUAGGUUAGCACGUCAACUUCUGAACUGUACUGUAGAUCGCGGGUUCAAGGUUUUUUUAACUACAUUUUUCUGACUAAAUAAAGUAAAUUUGAUAGUUUUCAAUUUCAAAAGUCCUCCACUUUUUCAUCCAUAUUGAAUUUCUCUUGUGUUAAUCAUUUCUCCUUGAUGCCUUUGUUAUGUACAGAGUGAUAGAAUGCAAUUCGCAAUGAUAUAAGUUUUUAAGCAUUUCCAGAAUUUUAAUCCCUAAUUCCAGCAAUGAAGUAAUAUUGCACAAUGUAUUACUUAGUAGAUUUUUCAGCCAGAUUCAAGUGAUUUAAUUACUUCCUUUGCAAUUUACAGGUUGAGUAUUUGAGUUCUCUAAAGGGAAACAACUAUCUCAAAAUAGAUUUAUUUGAGAGGAAAAUAAGUGCUAUUAAAUACAUUUUUUUUUAAAUGAAAAAAAUCUUUUUAUACUACACUAUUUAGAUUUUUAUAUGCAACAGAAAAUUAUGUUUUAAAUGUUGAUUUUUCAAUCAAUGUCAAGAGAGAAGAAAUCAUGAUCAUUCAGAAGUGUCAAUACUUUGUUUUGCGUGUUUUUAAUUAAUAUAUAUUGAAUGGUUUAUGUACAUCAUGGGUGAUAUAAGUCAAGUUAAUGUGAUGAUUAUGAUUCUUAAUUUGAGAAUUAAUAAUAAAACUGUGAAAAUACC